CUAAGGAGUGGACACACCCAUACACAUAUAAAAAGAGGAAUCAGCAGACAUGAGCCAUUCACCAAAGGAUUCUUGGUCUAACAGGAUUCUUCCUCUCUCCAGUGGGAAAAUGGUUGAUUAUGAAGUGACAGUAUUCACUGCCAAUAUCGACUAUGCUGGGACUUUAAACAAUGUCUACAUUAAGCUGGUGGGAACAGAUGGGAAUAGUGAACGCGAGUUGCUGAUGGACUAUCUUCGGACCUGGAACUUUAUAAGAGGAGCAGUGUCUAGUUUUACAGUGCCUUGCCCUGUCUCCAUUGGAAAGCUGAUCCAGAUCAAGCUGGACAAACCGCGCUUCCUGUUCUUUGAAGACAAUUGGUUUCCUAAAAAGGUGGAAGUGAAAUCCCCUGAGGGAGACACCUACAACUUCCCCAUCUACCGCUGGAUCAAUGACAGCGAGGUGCACUGCUUCAGAGAGGGAACAGCUCUGACAGCCUGUAAAGAUCCACAUUCCAAGAGAAUACGGGAGCAGGAGAUAAAACAGCGAGAGAGUGACUAUUGUUGGCAUGAUCAUGCAGAGGGGUUACCCCAUUGCAUGAAGGCAGAUAGCCUUUUUUCCCUACCUUCUGCGCUCCGCUUCUCCUACACCAAGGACAUAGAGCUUGCCUUCACUCUAGGGACAGGGCUAAUUGAGCUCAAACUUGAGGGAGUGGCUGAUUCCGUGGAUGACUGGACUAAGAUUGAUGAUAUCAAAACAGUGUUCCCUUGCAGAUCAACACACAUUUACGAGACUUUGAAAGAGAGAGAGCAUCUAGCUGAAAAGCAGAUUAAACCUAUAACCAAGGAACGUAGGGCUGCUGCUCUGAACCACACCCCCUUCCUUCUCCUGCAGCUGAAGCAGACUCCAGGAGAAGACAAUCCCAUCUUCCUGCCUACUGAUUCUGAGUACGACUGGUUGAUGGCCAAGAUUUUCGUGAGAAGUGCAGAUUUCAACCUGCAUCAACUCAAUGUUCACCUGCUGCGCACACAUCUGCUGGCUGAAGUCUUCACGGUGUCUCUGAUGCGCAGCAUUCCCAUGGUGCAUCCACUGCACAAGCUGCUGUUGGCUCACACAUGGGACACCUUGGAAAUCAACUACUUAGCUCGAAAUCAACUAAUAUCUUAGAAUGGAACUUACACCGAGUUUGCAGCGGCUGGUGGGGAGGAUAUGAUGAAACUCCUGAAGCGAUCACUGUCCUCAUUGACCUACAGCUCCCUCUGCAUACCAGAGGACAUCACUGAGCGUGGCCUGGAGACUGUGCCCAACUUCUACUACAGGGAUGAUGGACUCGAGCUCUGGGGUAUCAUCCAAAGGUUUGUGGAAAGAAUGCUCAAGUUCUACUACAACAAUGAUGCCGAGGUCAAGAAAGACUCUGAACUGCAGAAAUGGAUUUCGGACAUUUUUGAGCCUGGAUUUCUUUCCAAAGUAUCCAGUGGGAUCCCACAGAGAUUCAACACCGUGGAAGAGUUGGUGAAGUUUGUCACCAUGGUGAUCUUCACCUGCUCAGGACAGCACUCAGCUGUGAACUCUGGACAGUAUGACUAUGGUGGCUGGAUGCCCAACAGUCCCUCCACAAUGCAACUUCCUCCACCAACCAGAAAGGGGAAAACAAAUCAGGACACGAUGCUGCAGACGUUACCCAACAAGGGUGUAACAGCUAACGCAAUGGCCGCCUUGUGGCUACUCAGCAAAUCAUCGUCUGACUACGUCCCUCUUGGCCAGUACCCAGAGGCCCAUUUCAACGAGACGUUUCCCUGCGAGCUGAUAAAACACUUUCAAGGAAUGCUUCAAGCGUUAAGUGCAAACAUCAAAAUCAGAAACUUGCCCCUGAAGGUCCCAUACACAUACAUGGAUCCAGAAAAGGUAGAAAAUAGUGUGGCUAUUUGAAUAUCAGAAGGUGUAUGUUCCCGAGGUGCUGGCCAAAUUCACCUUCAUAUUAACCAAAGUAGAAAAGGGGAAAAACUGCAUGUUAUUAAAGGGGACCUAUCAUGCAAAAUGCACUUUUGUACGUCUUUUAUACAUGAAUAUAUGUCCCCGG